AAAACAUCAAUGGGAAGCUUGGAUUUGCAUGUCCGGCCUCCUGUGCCAAUGGGCGCACUGGGAAGGCUGGGUUAGCGGGUGGAGCCGGGGGAAGCGGCCCAGUAAGGGCACAGUCAACAACCAAAGCAUCCGAGAUUACUACAGCCGAAUACCCUCACACUGCUACUUUAUUCCCCCUCCUGGUUCCGCUUUGGUCGCAUAAACUGGAGAGAAUAUCUGCCUUUUCUAAUCAGAACCAUCAUCAUCAUUAUUAUUCUUGCACCGAUCCGGUCGCUUUGCGGCUCCGCGUCGCCUCCGCGCAUCGCUGCUCCUUUUUGCGCGGAUGAAGAUUUGGUGAAACUCCCAUCAUCAAGAUUCCUCGGUUGAAUUCAGUGUUUUACGCUCCUGGAUUUGCUCCCAGGAGGAGCAGAGCGGAGCAGAUCAACCGUCCAUCUGUUGGUUCCAGGGAGCACGUGACCCCGGAGAUGAACAAGCUUCGCCAGAGUCUGGGGAGGAAGAAGCCCACCUAUGUGCCAGAGGCUAGUAGACCGCAUCAGUGGCAGGCUGACGAGGAGGCUGUACGCAAGGGCAAAUGUAACUUCGCUGUUCGGUACCUGGGGCUGGUGGAGGUGGAGGAGUCUAGAGGGAUGCACGUCUGUGAGGAGGCUGUGAAAAAACUAAAAGUUAGCGGCAAAAAGACAGUAAAAGCAGUCCUGUGGGUUUCUGCUGAUGGACUCAGGGUGGUUGAUGACAAAACCAAGGACCUCAUUGUGGACCAGACUAUAGAGAAGGUUUCCUUCUGCGCUCCUGACCGGAACUAUGACAAGGCCUUCUCCUACAUCUGCAGAGACGGAACCACCAGACGGUGGAUGUGCCACUGCUUCAUGGCCCUGAAAGACUCGGGUGAGCGAUUGAGUCAUGCAGUCGGCUGUGCCUUUGCUGCCUGUCUGGAGAGAAAGCAGCGAAGAGAGAAGGAGUGUGGCGUGACGGCUUCCUUUGACGCCAGUCGCACCUCGUUUGUGCGUGAAGGCUCCUUUCGCAUCAACUCCUCCUCCAGCCAGCAGGGCAGCAGCAGUGAGCGAGAUGAGAAGCCUCAGGAUAAAAAGAAAGAUCCACCCUCUGUCAUCCCAUCUCUACCUCCUGGCUCCGCCUCUCCACCUGAGGGGACAGCGUCCCCGAUGGAGCGUCCAGAACCCGGCGGGCCCCAUGCUAUCCCUCGCCGCCAUGCACCCAUUGAACAGCUUGUGCGCCAAGGCUCAUUCAGGGGAUUUCCUGCUCUGAGCCAGAAGAACUCCCCUUUUAAGAGACAGCUGUCACUGCGUCUCAACGACCUGCCUUCCACUCUGCAACGCAAGACGGACUUUGAAGUCAAGAACCCUGAGAUGGACAUGGGUUUGCCACUUGAGGGAGACAGCUGUAUUAAUGCACUGUGUAGCCAGAUCAACACAUCUUUCGCCAAGCCAUCAGAUGAGCUCUUUUCCAACCCAUCCAUGUCUGCAAAUUGCCCUCCGACCUGCACUGUGCCCCCAAUUUUGCCUCCACCGCCUGCACCCAUCCAGGCCACCUCCUCCUGGGUGCAGCCGGAACCUUCUCUACAGUCUCCUCCUCCAGUUUCUGCAGCUCUGCACAGUGGCCACAAACGCACCCCCUCAGAGGCUGAGAGAUGGCUGGAGGAGGUAUCUAAGGCUGUUAAAGCCCAACAGACGCCUCCCCCUGGCCCUAUCAUUCCUGCUAUCCCAGGGCCCCCUCCUGUUACCAGUCAUCAUAUAACCACACAGGCAACCUUGUCUUCUGCCGCCGUGUCCACUGUCCCAAUGCCCCUCGGCACUUUGUCCAAACCUCUCCUCUCUGGCCCCUCUGUUCUUCCCUGUCAAACUCAAAUGCCUCUUCCACCCAUGUCAAUAUCAUCUGUUCCUCUGAUACCAGGUCCUCCGGUGUCUGGACCCCCUAUGUCUCUCCCAUCCAUGUCCAUCCCAACUAUGUCUGGUCCGAGCAUGUCUGGAGCCUCUAUGAUGCAGGGCUCUCUGCCCGGGGCCCCUGGCCCCCUUCCAAGUGCAAUGCAACCAUUCCCCCUUACUUUUGAUGCAACUCCUGCCCCUGUUGGGAUGUUUGCCAGCCAGCCGGUCCAGCCUGCCUUUAUGCCCAUGCAGACCUACAUGCCUGGUCUGGCCAGCAGUAUGACCUACCCCAACGCCAGCGUGCCGGUCGUAGGCAUCACACCAUCACAAAUGGUGGCCAAUGCCUUUUGCACCGCUACAGGUUCAUCAGGCACGGGUUCGACCAUGGGCUCUGCUGCUGGAGGGUCUAAAGCAGGGCCAUUAGGAACAGUUGGGCAUCACCAUUCCUAUCCUGGAGUGGCCAGUGCAACUGGGCACACCUCAGGGUUUAACGCAGCUACAUUUUCCUCCACCCCACCUUUGUCGACAGCCAUUAACGGCCUCCCAGCCCACACUAGUGCAACGGCAAUUAAUGGGACCUUGAGCAGUGGCGCAAAUGUUGGCAGCUGGCCACCAGAGGGGAGCCAGUUAACCGCACCGGUGGCCAGCGACCCUCAAGACGAUGACCGAUUUGAGGCCAAGUGGGCUGCACUGGAGACAAAAGCAGCAACGCAACCAACGGGGAACAAAGCAGCGGCUGCAGCUGCCAACCCAUUUUCCAACAGUCUGCAAAAGACAUUUGAGAUUGAGCUCUGAGUCACAGCCUGUCUCUAACAAAUGUAGAUCUUCCUUUGGAUUUAAACCCCCCAAGGAAGAUAGGAAUCUUUUCCAGGAUUUUUGCUUAAACGGUAUACAGGUCCUUUCAGCUGGCCAAGCAUCCUGCCUGUGGCAUCCUUGGGGUCGGUACUACAAUUAUUUUAGUUUCUUUCUUUACGGUCCCAAGUGAGAAAGAGAAGAACAAAGAUGUC